UGUGGCAAGAGAUAGAACGCGCUGUAUAAAAACAAAAAUCUCAGAUUUUCAUUUGCAAUAAUAAACUAAACUAAACAUUUAUACUCAUAGCAAAUUGUAGCUAAAGUUUCCCCCAAUUUUUGAAGGUUGUAAGAAAAAAAAAUCUAUUAGCUGUUUUCGUUUUACCCGGCGACCAACUGUUGACAUGGUAACCAAGCCAACACAAUAGUAAAGUCAAAAAAAGAUUGUUGCAGACAUGGGGAACAUCUGCACAUCGCGUGAUUAUUCCUCUCGACCUGACAAGAUCAAAGACUCGAAAAUCAUCUUCGUUGUCGGCGGGCCCGGGUCCGGCAAGGGCACCCAGUGCGCUAUGGUGGUGAAAAAGUACGGCUUCACCCACUUGUCGUCCGGCGACCUGCUGCGGGCCGAGGUGGACUCGGGGUCCGAGAGGGGCAAGCAGCUUCACGCCAUCAUGCAGAAGGGGGAGCUGGUGCCGCUGGACACGGUGCUGGACAUGAUUAAGGAUGCCAUGAUCGCCAAGGCUGACGUAUCCAAGGGCUUCCUCAUCGACGGCUACCCUCGCGAGCUGAAGCAGGGCGAGGAGUUUGAGAAGAAGAUCGGUAAACCGUGCCUGUUGCUGUACGUCGAUGCCAAGUCCGAGACCAUGGUCAAGAGGCUUCUGAAGCGCGGCGAGACCAGUGGCCGUUCGGACGACAACGAGGAGACCAUCAAGAAGCGCCUGGACCUCUACUACAAGGCCACCGAGCCCGUCGUCACUUUCUACGAGAAGCGUGGCAUCGUCAGGAAGGUGGACUCUGAACUUCCUGUGGAGGAGGUCUUCAUCCAGGUCUCCAAAGCUAUUGAUGCGCUGUAGUUAAAAAAAAAAAAACAUGAACAACACUC